UUAAACAGGAAGAGGAGUAACGUAGAGGAUCCUCCAGUCACGGUCGAAUCCAGUAUUAGACAGAGAAACCCAGCUUUGCCUCUUUCUGCUCUGACGCCAUGACACGGCACAAGCAGAAAAAAUCCGGGAGGAAACCCAAGCACAGCAAGAAAAGGGGUGCAAAGCCUCAAGGGAAAAAGGACCAAGGAGUGCCUCAGCUGUCACAUUUCAAAGAGCACGUUAAGAAGGAAGCCGUGCAAAAGCAGAAACGGGUUACAGAGCUGCAGGAACGGCAGCGGACGGCACGGCAGAAGGAAAUGAUCCGGUUCCGGAAUCUGGAAGGACUGCAGCGCGAUGCCAUGCGGAGGCAGCGGGACUUUGAACAGAAGGAGAAGGAUCUGAAGCAACUGGCGAAACACGCGCUGCUGGAGAAAGACAGUUCUUGCAAGGCUUAUUACAGGGAGUUCAGGAAGGUGAUCGAAGCGGCUGACGUGAUCUUGGAAGUCCUUGAUGCCCGGGACCCCCAAGGCUGCCGUUGCCCCCAGGUGGAGCAGGCUGUGGUGGAGGCCGGAGCUCACAAAAGACUGGUCCUGGUGUUGAACAAGAUUGAUCUGGUGUCUAAAGAGAUUGUUGCCAAAUGGCUCAAGUACCUGAGGAACGAAUUCCCCACCGUCGCCUUUAAAGCUUCCACUCAGCAGCAGAGCAGAAACCUGCAACGGAGCCGUGUCCCGGUAACCCACGCCUCAGGGGACCUGCUUAGCAGCGGGGCCUGUGUUGGAGCCGACUGCCUCAUGAAAGUGCUGGGGAACUACUGCCGGAACCAGGAUGUCAAGACCGCCAUCAGUGUCGGCGUUGUGGGCUUCCCGAAUGUCGGCAAGAGCAGCUUGAUCAACAGCUUGAAGAGGAGCCGGGCCUGCAACGUCGGUGCCACUCCCGGUGUCACCAAGUGCCUGCAAGAAAUCCAGCUCGACAAACACAUCAAACUGCUGGACUGUCCGGGGAUCGUCGUGGCUUCUCCCACCUCCGACGCUGCCAUGAUCCUACGAAACUGUAUCAAGGUCGAGCAGCUGGUUGAUCCUGUGACCCCAGUGGAGGCCAUCUUGAAACGAUGCAACAAGCAGGAGAUCAUGCAGCACUACGGCGUUCCAGAUUUCAGAGACACCAUGGAGUUCCUGGCUCAUCUGGCCAGGCGGCAAGGCAAACUGAAGAAGGGCGGGAUGCCUGACCACGAGAAAGCGGCCAAAGCGGUGCUGAGUGACUGGAUGAGUGGGAAGAUCAGCUAUUUCACCCACCCGCCUGAGACCCACACCCUUCCCACGCACAUCAGCGCAGAGAUCGUGGCAGAGAUGGGCAAGGCCUUCGAUUUUGAAGCGCUAGAGAGAGACAACGAGGCGGCAUUGGCAGAGAUGCCCGCUGGCCCCGCCGGCAUCGCGAUGGAGGGCUCUGGCCUCACCCGCGGAGGAGACGCGGAGAUGCACGAGGAAGACGGACUCGGCGGUCAGGAGCAAGCAGAGUCCAAGAUGGAGGAAGAUGGGGACCCGGAGUUUGGCCUCAUCACCGUGGAGCUGAAAGCCAAGAGCAAGGCCCUCCAGGAAGCUGAGAAAGCGGUGCCCAGAGCGCCGGACCUGAAGGAGAUCUCUGCCCUGGACCCGCUACAACAAGGCCAGGGCUUGCGGGCAGCGAGCAAGAGGCGCAAGAAACAGCGGAAGAGGGCAGAGAAAAUCGCCACCAAGCUCUCCGCCUCGCUGACGGCAGCCAUGAAUUUUAGCUUCGCCAACGACUGACGAGCCAACGGCGCCGGAGAAGAGAUGAGCACAGGCGUUUAUCUACCUCGGCCGGGUUGUUCCUCCCACGCUCCCGUCCUCUUGUGAGAGGAGGCUCUCUGCAUCCUGCGGGAUUUGUACACGAUCCCCUGACGGCGAUGCAAAAGGCCAGCGCCGUUUCCAUAAAAGACCUUUUUAUUAAUAGCGUAAAAUUAAGAGACAAAUGUAUUAAACU